CAGACGCAUAGACAAAAUUAAAGAGAGAACAAGAGAGGCGUGUGAGAGAGAGAGAGAGAGAGAGAGCGUUUCAUCUUUCCAGUUUUCAACAUGCGUGUUAUCAACCUGGGCCCAGACCCCUCGCUGACCUACCGGCCAGACAUAAAGCCUCUCGCGGACAAGGACCAGUCAGAGUAUCGGAACUUUGAAGGUACUGAGCUAUUUGACCGGGUGUUCCACACAUACAAAUUGAUGCACACACACCAGACUUUGGAUUUCGUCAAACGGAAGCAUGCUGAGUGGAGUGGCUGUACUCACACAAAGAUGACCAUAAUGCAGGCCAUUGACUCCCUGGACCAGCUGGUGGACGAGUCUGACCCGGACGUGGACUUCCCCAACUCCUUCCACGCCUUCCAGACCGCCGAGGGCAUCCGAGCCCAGCACCCCGACAAUGACUGGUUCCAGCUGGUCGGGUUGAUCCACGAUGUGGGCAAGAUGAUGGCUCUGUGGGGAGAACCUCAGUGGGCUGUAGUUGGGGACACUUUCCCAGUUGGCUGCAAGUUCCAAGACUCUAUUGUGUUCAGAGACACCACCUUUAAAGAAAACCCAGACAACGGUGAUUCUGUACUAAGUACCGAGUGUGGCAUCUACAAGCCCAAGUGUGGUCUAGAGAACGUUCUGAUGUCUUGGGGUCAUGACGAGUACUUGUACCAGGUGAUGAAGUUUAACAAGUGCACCAUCCCAGAGGAGGGUUUGUACAUGAUUCGGUUCCACUCAUUCUACCCCUGGCAUUGUGGGAACAGCUACACACAUCUGUGUGAUGACAAAGACAUGGCCAUGCUACCCUGGGUCAAAGAGUUCAAUAAGUUUGAUUUGUACACUAAGAGUGAGGAGCUGCCCGAUGUGGAAGGCCUGAGGCCCUACUACCAGUCUCUCAUCGACAAGUACUGCCCUGGAGUCUUGCAGUGGUGAUACACACACACACGCACGCAGGCUGGAACUGGUGCCACACACACACACACACACACAAAUACUGAUCAGGCACACCAUUCUCAUCACAGGGACAAAUCAAACACUACACUGCCAUACCAUGUAUCCACACAUCCACUACACUCACUGACUGAUUCUAUUCCCUGUUUCUAUUCCCGUGUGUUUCACUUUGUAUCAAAUUGAUUGAAUGCUAAUUAUGAAUAUUAAGGUAUUGUUAACUGAUUGUGAUGUGAAAGGAGGGGACAAAAAGCAUUUGUCAACCACAAGAUUGUUUUAUUAUAAACAUUGAAAAAGUCAGAAACCUUGAAAAAAAGUUUCUUUUUUUUCACUAGCUCAGCAAACAGACACACACACACACACACACACACACACACACACACACACACACACACACACACACACACACACACACACACACACACACACACACACACACACACACACAUUCAAAAAGAGCAAGUGAACAAAAGCAAGAACAUGAGAAAACAAACAAGUGCAAAGGUCAAAUUCAAGGUUGUAUCAAAGCAUACGAUUAAAGGCUUAACGAACCACAAGCACAUAAACACACACGCAUACUGCACUCUCACUCCACACACACGCUCGCGCACACACACACCACAGAGAAAUCCCGUGAAUAAAAAAAGUAACAGUGAAUGGUCAAAAAUGAUUGUCAGGAAACAAAACCAUGCACCCAUGAGUUUGCGAGGCAGACAGGAGGAGGACGAUGAACUAGAGAGUGUAUACUGUAUGUCUCAACAUCUACUGAUAUACUGAACAAAUAGAUACAUAAUUCUCCCCAGAAAUGAUCAUGUGAAUGGUGAAUGUAUGUAUGUAUGCAUGUGUGUGUGUGUGUGUGUGUGUGUGUGUGUGUGUGUGUGUGUGUGUGUGUGUG